UUGUCCAAAAUUGUAAUGGUUUCCUGUCCUUCAUUAAUAAAAAUUCUUAUAAAAAGCCAAGUGAAAUUGUUGGUCUUUUUUCACUGCAGUAUCAAUGGUGUGAGCCCAAAGGUCCGGAAGGUGCUGCAGCUUCUUCGCCUCCGCCAGAUCUUCAACGGCACCUUUGUUAAGCUCAACAAGGCUUCCAUUAACAUGCUGAGGAUUGUGGAGCCAUACAUUGCUUGGGGGUACCCAAACCUGAAGUCAGUGAAUGAAUUGAUCUACAAGCGUGGUUAUGGCAAAAUCAACAAAAAACGAAUUGCCCUGACAGAUAACUCACUGAUUGCUCGAUCUCUUGGUAAAUAUGGCAUCAUCUGCAUGGAAGAUCUGAUUCACACUGUUGGAAAGCGCUUCAAAGAAGUGAACAACUUCCUGUGGCCCUUUAAGUUAUCUUCUCCACGUGGUGGGAUGAAGAAGAAGACCACCCAUUUUGUAGAAGGUGGAGAUGCUGGGAACAGGGAAGACCAGAUCAAUAGGCUUAUUAGAAGGAUGAACUAAGGUAUCUACCAUGCUUAUUUUUGUAAAUCUGGUCAGUUAAUAAACUGAGUCUUCAAAAUUGAAGCA